AUGCAGCUUGCGGAUUGUGGCAAUGAUGAUGAUUUAGUUAUUGCAACGAAGUCGGGUUUUAUUGUUGGUGAAUCAUCUCAAAUGCAUGGCGGUGUUGAUAAUGGAAAUAGUAGUGUGGAUGGUGAUGUUAAGGUGGAAAAGUUGGACAUGCAGAUAAUUGAUGAUAAGGAAGUGGUUAAAGAAGUUGUCCAUGAUGAAGUGGUUGUCUUAGCUUUUCUGCAUAUUGAGCUUAGUGAUGAUCUUGGGCCUAAAAAGGAGUCGAUUCUUAAUUCUAUGAGAAGGCAAUUGGAGUUGAUGAAAAAGAGUGAGGAGCCUCUUGAGGAGGGAAGAAAGAGAGGUAAAGAGCUAGAAAGCCAAUUGUCAUCUUUGACACUUGAGUGGGAAAAUUUCAAAUCCAAUGUGUGUGUUGAGGAUGAUGAUAAUUUUGAGCAACCAAGAGUGUGUGAGGAUCCUAUUGUUGAGCAUAGGAGUGAAGGAAAGAGAGUCGAGAGUGAUGAUGAUUUUGAUGAUAUUUUAAGUCUAGACAUCUCUUCCUUUGUUGAUUGUGAUGAGUCUCAAGUUGAGCCUAUUAGGGACCCCCUUGUGUAUGAUGAUUUGUAUGAGGCUCAUUUGUCUCCAAUUGAGAAAAAGGGUGAUGUUGCAACCCAAAAAUAUUUUGAGGAGAAGGAGCCUGUUGCUGUGUCCAUGCAAGAGGAAGAAGAGGAGCAGGGAAUGGAAGAAGAAAAAGAAGGGGAGCAAAAAUCGGAGGAAGAAGAAGAGGAAGAGGUGGAACAGGAUGAUAAUGAUGAUGAGGAGGGGGGUGAAGCUGAUGGAUAUGGUUUUGAGGAGGAAGUUAAUGAUGAUGAUGAACAAGAUGAUGGAGGGCAUAAGUCUUCUAGUUCUGAUAGUGGAAAUUACUUUAGUAGUGAUGUUGAAAUUUAUGAUUCCGAGUCUUCGAUUGAUUCAGAUGCCUAUCAUCGCUCUCCUAGUAAUUUCGAUCGUAUUUGCUAG